UAGCGGUGACUCGGCAGCAACGUCUCGCGUCAUCAGUGACAGCCCCGACUCCUGCUACGCUCUGCGUCGCUCUGCCCGGCGCAGUCGCCUCCUCCUUGGCAAAUAGUCCUCGGCGGGGUCCGAGUUCUUGGGUCAUCCGAAUAGGGAAGCCCCAAGAAGUUGCCGUCAGGGGACGCGGGAUCGGCCGGGAAAGGGGGCGAGGGACCUAAGUUUUGUGCGAGAGCGUGGGAAGUUAGUUAAAAAAACUCCCUUCCUCCUGAGGAUCCCUCCGCCUGCGGGAGCGGUGGUGAGGCCGAGGGAGCCGCCAUUUUGGAUGUUCGGUUCCUGCUGCCACUGCCGCCGCCGCCCCCGAAGCUGCUGCUUUCCUUCGAGGUUUCGGGCCGAGGAUGCCAGCCCCCAUCAGAUUGCGGGAGCUGAUCCGGACCAUCCGGACAGCCCGAACCCAAGCUGAGGAGCGAGAGAUGAUCCAGAAGGAGUGUGCUGCCAUCCGCUCGUCCUUUAGGGAAGAAGACAAUACAUACCGAUGUCGGAAUGUGGCAAAAUUGCUCUACAUGCACAUGCUGGGCUACCCUGCUCACUUUGGCCAGUUGGAGUGCCUCAAGCUUAUUGCAUCUCAGAAAUUUACAGACAAACGCAUUGGCUAUUUAGGGGCAAUGCUGCUUUUAGAUGAAAGACAAGAUGUCCACCUUCUCAUGACAAACUGUAUUAAGAAUGACCUUAAUCACAGCACGCAGUUUGUGCAGGGGCUAGCACUCUGUACCCUCGGCUGCAUGGGCUCCUCAGAGAUGUGCAGAGAUCUUGCAGGAGAGGUGGAGAAACUUCUGAAAACCUCCAACUCUUAUUUAAGAAAAAAGGCAGCAUUAUGUGCUGUUCAUGUCAUCAGGAAGGUUCCUGAGCUUAUGGAGAUGUUUUUACCAGCAACAAAAAAUUUAUUGAAUGAGAAGAACCAUGGUGUCCUUCACACAUCUGUAGUUCUUCUUACAGAAAUGUGUGAGCGCAGCCCCGACAUGCUUGCUCAUUUCAGAAAGCUUGUGCCCCAGUUAGUUCGUAUUCUCAAGAAUCUCAUUAUGUCUGGAUAUUCACCAGAACAUGAUGUUUCUGGUAUCAGUGACCCCUUUUUGCAGGUACGAAUUUUGCGGUUAUUAAGAAUUUUAGGACGAAAUGAUGAUGACUCAAGUGAAGCUAUGAAUGACAUCUUAGCACAGGUUGCCACCAAUACAGAGACGAGUAAGAAUGUAGGAAAUGCCAUUCUUUAUGAAACCGUUUUGACCAUCAUGGAUAUCAAGUCAGAGAGUGGACUACGAGUUCUAGCCAUAAAUAUCCUGGGUCGUUUCUUACUGAACAAUGACAAGAAUAUUAGAUAUGUAGCUCUGACGUCCUUGUUGAAGACUGUGCAGACAGAUCACAAUGCAGUCCAGAGGCACAGGAGUACAAUUGUGGACUGUCUGAAGGAUCUGGAUGUCUCAAUAAAACGGCGUGCAAUGGAAUUGAGUUUUGCCCUCGUAAAUGGGAAUAAUAUCCGAGGCAUGAUGAAGGAAUUACUUUAUUUUCUGGAUUCUUGUGAGCCAGAAUUUAAAGCAGACUGUGCAUCUGGGAUCUUUCUUGCUGCAGAAAAGUAUGCACCUUCCAAACGGUGGCAUAUAGACACUAUUAUGCGUGUGUUGACAACCGCAGGAAGUUAUGUUCGAGAUGAUGCAGUCCCCAAUUUGAUCCAGUUAAUAACCAAUAGUGUAGAGAUGCAUGCCUAUACUGUCCAGCGCUUAUAUAAAGCGAUUCUUGGUGAUUACUCUCAACAACCUUUAGUACAAGUGGCUGCGUGGUGUAUAGGUGAAUAUGGGGAUCUUCUUGUGUCUGGCCAGUGUGAAGAGGAGGAACCCAUUCAGGUAACAGAGGAUGAAGUGUUGGAUAUUCUAGAAAGUGUCCUAAUUUCUAACAUGUCCACCUCAGUGACACGCGGUUAUGCCCUCACUGCCAUUAUGAAGCUUUCUACUCGAUUCACCUGUACUGUAAACCGAAUUAAGAAAGUUGUUUCUAUCUAUGGAAGCAGCAUUGAUGUGGAGCUCCAGCAGAGGGCAGUAGAAUAUAAUGCACUUUUUAAGAAAUACGACCACAUGAGGUCUGCCCUACUUGAAAGAAUGCCUGUCAUGGAAAAGGUGACCACAAAUGGCCCUACUGAAAUUGUGCAGACAAAUGGAGAGACAGAACCUGCUCCGCUAGAGACCAAACCACCACCCUCUGGGCCUCAGCCCACCAGCCAGGCUAAUGAUUUAUUGGACUUACUGGGAGGAAAUGACAUAACACCUGUUAUUCCAACUGCACCUACAAACAAACCUGCUUCUGCUGGUGGAGAACUUCUUGACCUGCUAGGAGACAUCAAUCUUACAGGUGCUCCAGCUGCUGCUCCUGCCCCCGCCUCAGUCCCACAGAUAUCGCAGCCCCCCUUCUUGUUGGAUGGGCUUUCAUCACAGCCUCUCUUCAAUGAUAUCGCUGCAGGCAUCCCGUCCAUCACGGCAUACAGUAAGAAUGGCUUGAAGAUAGAAUUCACCUUUGAACGGUCAAACACCAACCCCAGUGUCACAGUGAUAACGAUACAGGCCUCCAACAGCACGGAACUGGACAUGACAGACUUUGUUUUCCAGGCUGCAGUACCAAAGACAUUCCAGCUGCAGCUUCUGUCUCCAAGUAGCAGCAUUGUCCCAGCAUUUAACACAGGGACCAUCACACAAGUCAUCAAAGUUCUGAACCCACAGAAGCAACAGUUGAGAAUGCGAAUCAAGCUCACAUAUAAUCACAAGGGCUCAGCAAUGCAAGAUCUAGCAGAAGUGAACAACUUUCCCCCUCAGUCCUGGCAAUGAGGGUCUGACACCAUUAUUGUUCUUAUCCUACUCAAUCAAUGGAACUCUGGGAAGGAGGUUGUGAUUGCUGGCAAGUCCCCCCCAACUGUACCGUGGGCAUGAGGAGCCGAAGAGAACUGUUGAGGAGGAUUUUCUGAAGUUACUGCUGACGUUGAAGCAUUGUUAAAGACUCAUGUCCUCUCCUCCACUGUUGAAGCUGGCUGCUUCUGGAGGCUACUUUGCACUCUCCUCCUCUCUUCCCUUUCCACACUUCUCCACCCUCUCACAUUUACAGCCAGAAUCAACAUUCCCUGGGCCCCUGAGGAAAUAAGCAGCUGAUCCGGAGGAGAGGACUGAAAUUCAUGGCGAGAAAACACUCACUCUGUCUCUGCAGCAAGAGUUGUCCCUUCUUUCUACUGUUGUUUUCCGGUGGACUGGGCAAGGUGGGGUACUGUUUCUGCUCUAGCUGGGUUCCCAUCUUCAGGCGCUUUUUACAUCUGGCAUUCAGAAUGGAAAUGUAACAGUGGACAUUAGGGAGCCCUGCCUUUUUCUACUGGUUCCCCCGACGUUUGAACUAGGCAUUAGGCUCCUGGUGGCCUUCCUGUGCAUUGCUGUAUACACACAGACACACACACGUAUGUACGUUUGUUAUUGAGAACUGGUCAGACCUUGAGAAGUGAUUUGUAAACACUGGACAGAUGCAGUAAAAAGGACUUCUGUUGAGAUUUGGCAUGAAGGAUCUGGUGCUCUAUUUGUAAUAGAUACUUCCAAGGCUCUUCCAUCUCCCCUUUCUGUCCAUCCUUUUUAGCUAUAGUCAUGAAUGCUCUCCGUGGUUUUCAAAAUUGAUUUCCCAUAAAGUGCAAAGUGUGACUGAAAAGUCCUUUUAAUUAUUAUCAGUGAACCUACUCCCUUUACAGAUUUUCAAGUUUCUCCUAAGCCUAUGACUUACUGUUUGAACUGUGGUAAAGGAGUGGAAGGAGGAGUUCCCCGGUUCUGAAGAUGAGACUCCCUAACAAAAGCCCCUUUGCCCAUAGGAAGAAUGCGUAUCAGACUUGGUCUGGAGCAUAUUGGAGUCAGCUUUUCCAUUACUCCAAACCUCCCUUUUUUUUUUUUAAAUUUCCUGAGCCUGGCUUGGACCUUGGCAUUCCGUUUGAAUUCCUUCUUCUAACUGGAACAUUUGUGUUGUAUCUGUAACACUGGCACUGAAAUAAAGACCACGCAGUGAAAGAACUCUUUCCUAGAUUGUACUUGAUGGUGUUGGAACAAAGCCUUGCAGCUUCCUCGCCCCUGUGUUAGAGGAAGGCUGUGGAGGCCAUAGGACAGGAAUAUCAUUUUGUGAUUUUGAGAAACCGGUCUCUUGAAAGAGAUCAGCCUCGUGACUCUCUGCAUUAAAGACUUGAGGUUUUUCAACUAGUCAGAGUGCCGAGUGCUUUUUAGGAAGGAUCUUUGUGUUUUCAGAGCUUCAAGUUGAGUUGUGGUGCAUGUUGAAUAUACUGUGUAUGUUCAAGUAUACAGGCAUUUUGUCUUACUGAAAGAAAAUGUGAGGCCCACCUUGCUCUUAAAAUAUUAGCUAUCUUUACUGUACUGAGUACAGUAUAGUGACUACUUUGGCUUCAGUCUUAAAACCUGAAUACAAAUAUCCUUUUUUCCUCCCUCCAUUUCACAAAGCCUUUACUAAAAUCUUCAGUGUUUUGUCAAAUCUAGCUCUGUAUCAGAUGCUAGCCUAUUGCUAACAUUUGACAAAACUGGAGUUGAACUAAAGGCUCCAAAGGAAAAACCUUCUGGUCUUAUUAGUAUGUAAGAGCAAGAUCUGCUCAAACUCACUGUGCUGAGUCAAUGAUGGCUGAGUCCAAAGCAGAGCAUUAUCUCUCGCACAGUUCUCAGAAAAUAAAGUGUGGACUAGUGCAUAUUUCAGACAGCUGUUCCGUCUGUGCAAUGCAAAAUAGCCUUUUUAAACCUUUCUUUGCCGACUGAUUUCAUUGGAUGGAUAUUUAAUGCUGUGAAAUGUGAUAGGAUUAACAUAAUAUUGGUGGAUUUCUUGAAUAGAAUUUGUCUUAACAUUCCUCUUUGUGUAGAGGCUUUAUUUUCUCUCGUAACAUUUGUAGCUAACCAGCUCAGGUUUUUUGUUUUUUUUUUUUUAGUUGAAUCUCAGAAGAAAUCUGCUCAACACCAUGCUAUCCCACCAUGCUAGCUGAUGGAGUGGAAGGGGCAAAGCUUCUCACUGGGUGAUCAUUGUCCUGAGGUAGAGUUUGUGGUCAUCCAUGACUUUGUCUAGAAGGAGCAAAAUCCCUUGGCCUUAACACAAAGGGUGCUGUGUAGACUACGAGUUCAUUUCAGAGCCUGAACCUAAGCACCGUACUGCAGCACUGGCAGCCGAACGACUGCCUAGGAUACUGAUGGUGGGGAAGACUGUUUCAAACGAUCGGAUCUUGGAAAGCUUCAGCGUGCCUUAGUUUCUAGGGUCAGAAUUCGUUCUCCUCUCACUUGGCCUUGAGGCUGAAAGGGGACAAUCUCAUCAUGUUUCUGUAAACACACGUUUCAGCAAUUCCUUUCCCAAAUACAUUCAAGGGGAACAUCCUUGGCCGAGUUUACAACUCAAGAGCCAUUUCAAGAAAGGAGCGAUUUCCAUGGCCGUUUAAUAAGCCCAGGGUGAUAAGCAGUGAGUCCUCACAUACUUCCUUCAAGAAUUUCACCCACACUUGUACCUCAUUAUUUCCCCUCUUCCUGGAUAGUCUGUAUCCUAACCGCCCCACGUCCCUCUCCUCCAGUAAUCCCAAGGGAGAAUUCAUCUAAGUAAUCUCCAAUUAACUGUAGGACGGGUGCUCUCCCCAAAAAGCUUCUCCCACAGUGUUUUGGUGCUGUUACCUUGAGGUGGUUUGGACAGUCAUGGAAGAUUCGCGCUGUGUAGAGUGGUCCUCUGUUCAUGUCUUUCGCAUUCAAAGAAACAUUCCUCAGUGUAGUGUUGGGAGGAGAUUCUUUCCCCUUACCAGGUUAAAGUGUGAUUCAUGCCCCCUUGUUUGUCCCAUUCAUACAGGAGAAUAGAUUUAAAACUGUUCAGAACUAAUGGUCUGAAUAUUUUCAUCUACCAGAUAACAUGCUUUCCAUUUUUAAUGUCCUUCUAGAACAGGUUGGAAUGCUUUUGAGGUUCAACUUCAUUUUCUUCUUCAUUGGAAAAUAUUUGGGCCAUGAGAACUAGGGGAAGGAAUGAGUUUGAAUGUUUCAUUAUUUUUUUUUCCCUAGUGAAUGUAUUAUAACCAUGGUGUCCUAAACAGAGAAAGAAGUUAGAGAGCAUAAAGUAGAUAUUCAUAAGCUUUGUUUUUGGGGCAGUGGUUAUACAUGUCUAGAUUUUAAUAAGUUUGGGAAUGGGGAGGAUCAUCAAAGAGAAAAUGAAUUGCUCAAAGUCCUUGAGUUUGAAACACUCUUGACCAGCUUAGGCUCGGGAUGGUGGGGCUGCUUUUAGAACUGGAAGUGAGUAACUUUUUCAAGCAAUAGCAGUGAGUAGAGUCCCAUCAGUAAGGUUCCAGAUCCUGGGACACUAAGGCAGGAGAAACUUGUUGGAGAAGCAGCUUGCACAGUUGCUUCCUGAACAUCCGUGAGACUGAUUCUGGCUUCAAGAUGGAGCAUUGGCGUUCUUUGUUUGAACCUGCGUUUGCGCUUUGUGUGUUUUGUUUUUGUUUUCUCUCUGGGUGCCUCAUGGGAAAGGGUUUCUGAACUCUUUCCUUUGGAAGCUCCUGAUUUGUUCCUGUAAAGUCCCCUUUCUUUCAUAAUGUUGUAAGUUACAUUUUCAUUAAGCCCCAUCACAUCUUCUUUACUGUAAAAAUAUUAAAAGCUGUUUCCCAGUGGGACAGCUAAUGAAGUUCUAAUUAUUGCAGACAUAUUUUUGAAAUGUAAAAAAAAAUUUAAAAUUAAAUGAUAAGUCUUAGAGGUGAGUGAAGAAUAAAAUGGAUGUAAACAUU